AUGGCGACGGUACAAUUGCUCAGCCCAUUUCCAGGCAAAACCCGAGUUUCGAGCUCAGCAAACUCGAAUUCCCUCUCCAAGCCUCCGACUCUGGUGCCGAUGAGCUCGAUUACUCGCCGUCCGGUGUUCUCGACCGGCGGAUUCGCUGUUUCCCGGGCGGAUUUCAGAGUCCGAGCCACGGAUGUGGAAGACGAGUGGGGUCCGGAGACGGGAGAGAAAGGAUCGGCUCUAUUGGUGGCGGAGGAAGCAAUCGAAGCCGUGGAGGAGACGGAGGUGCUGAAGAGGGCACUGACGGAUUCUCUGUACGGAACAGAUCGGGGUUUGAACGCUUCGAGCGAGACCAGAGCCGAAAUCGGAGACCUAAUCACACAGCUCGAGUCGAGGAACCCUACCCCAGCUCCGACGGAAGCUCUCUUCCUUCUCAACGGCAAAUGGAUCCUCGCGUACACAUCGUUCGUCGGUUUGUUCCCGUUGCUCUCACGAGGGAUCGUGCCGUUAGUAAAAGUCGACGAGAUCUCACAGACCAUUGAUUCAGACAACUUCACCGUCCAGAACUCUGUUCGCUUCGCUGGUCCUCUAGCCACAACCUCAAUUAGCACCAACGCCAAAUUCGAAAUCCGAAGUCCCAAACGCGUCCAGAUUAAGUUCGAGCAAGGUGUGAUUGGGACUCCUCAGCUAACGGAUUCGAUUGAGAUCCCGGAGUAUGUAGAGGUUCUUGGUCAAAAGAUUGAUCUUAACCCAAUCAGAGGGUUGCUUACGUCGGUACAAGACACGGCCUCGUCGGUGGCUAGAACCAUAUCGAGCCAACCGCCGUUGAAGUUCUCCUUGCCAGGGGACAAUGCACAGUCGUGGCUGCUCACGACUUAUCUGGACAAAGACAUUAGGAUCUCUAGAGGUGACGGUGGAAGCGUCUUUGUCCUUAUCAAAGAAGGAAGCCCUCUCUUAAACCCUUGA